GCCUUGCGGAGCCGCUUGAGCCACGCGAUCCGACCCUUCGUCCUGCGGCGGUGCAAGAGCGACGAGGCGGUGGCAGCAGAUCUGCCGCCCAAGAUUGAGUUAGCAGUGAAGAAGCUGGAGCUGGAAAAAGCUUUAGAAGAGGUUGCUGUAGAGACAGAGGCGGAAAGGGGCUCAUUGGAUUUAGCUUGGAUCCUUGAUCUAC